CCACAACAUAUGAAAACUUUAGUUGUCAGUCGUAAGGGUAGACCAUCUUUUACAUGUGACCUUAUGACGAAUAUCGAAUGUUCUUGUAUGUUUGGCCUUAGAUAUCAAAGUUUUAUACCAGAAUAUUAUAAUAUCAUGAGACGGUGGCAAGAGUUGGACAUGGAAAUCUCUAUUUAUCCUGAAUUCCAGAGGGACGAUUUUGCAGUCAUAACUCAGGCUAUUACAUUAGAUUUAAGCAUACCACUCGCUUCUGAUAAGUAUGCCGAUACAACAUAUUUCACCAAGGAUUGUUUUCACUACAGUCAGAAAACUAACGCUCGAA